GACAAAAAUUGAAAAAAGAAAAGGUAAAAGUUUAAAAAAGAAGUUUGAAAAGCAGAGGAAAAUUAUACAUGCAACUAGCUCGCAGAGGCACAGAUCAGGACCCUGGAAAAUUAAAGAAAAAGAAAGUAAUGCAGAAGCAAAUAGAACAAACUUAACAGAAACAGAAGCCAUCAGAUUAAGCCAAAAGGCAGCAAUGAAUAGAACGAUCGUUCUGAAAUACCACACAAUUAGAUUAGACAACCUCCUACUCAGUAAUGGAUUGAAAAGAAUUCCAACAAUAGCAGAUGGGAAUUGUUUUUUGUCAGCAGUUGUUAAGCAUAUCUCAUCAGAAGGGCAUGACAUGAAUGUCCAAAUCCUCAGGGAAAAGCUGGUUGAUCACAUGUCACGUGAGGAUUACCACUACAAGAGGUUCAUAUCGUUUGACCAUGAAACAACUGUUGAGGGACAAAAUCAAAAAUUUGAUAGUCUACUGCAAGAUUUUAGUAUUGAUGGGCAUUGGAACAAUGAACUUGCUGACUUCAUGCCUUUGGCCUUAGCUAAUAUGUACAACAGACCAUUAAGGAUAUAUUCAAGUAUGGUGUCAAAUUCAGUUUAUGACAUUAUUCCUGACUUACAAGACACUGAGCAUUCUCAGGAGUAUAUCAAAGUUGCUUUAAUUGCCAUAAAAGGUCAGGAGCAUUAUGAUGCAGUAUGUCAUUUGGAUGAAGUUCUUGAAAGAACCUCUCAAGCAGAUCAAUCUACAAUAGGUGAUUGUAGUCCACCGGUUAUGAAUAAUGUGCGAACACCUAUGACGAAUAAAAGGAAAAGAAGUACUCCAGUAACACCGAGGAAACGUGCAAACUAUAAAAGUCCUGUCAAGAAACAACUAUUUCGAAAGAAAAAAAAGAAUCAAGAAGUUUGGAAAAGAAAUGUAAGGCAAUUUAACAGAGUACACGGUUUACCUUAUACUGGUCUAACAGGAAAAGAACAAGCAAAGAAAAAGAUGCAAUAUCGUGACUGUUCAAAAUGUAAAUUCAAAUGCUCUUUAAAGAUAACGGCACGACAAGCAGGGGAUAUUUUCGCCACUUAUUAUCAGUUGGGAUCAUAUGAGAAGCAAAGAAACUUUAUUUGCCAACAUGUAGAGCAAACUAAGUCCAAAAGAUGUACCACAAAUAGAAAAGAAAAUUCCAACACCUAUUUUUUAACUACAGACGGGAAAAAAGAGCGAGUUUGUAAAGCAUUCUUUCUGGGAAUACUUCAUGUCAGCAAAAAAACAGUAGAAUAUUCCUUGAAAAAGAAAGAGCAUGGAGUAUUUGUUGGCCGUGAUAAUCGCGGAAAAAACCCAUCCAUAAACCGAACUCCAGAAGGUGAUAGGCAUUUUAUUAGGGAACACAUACAAUCAUUUCCAACGGUAUCAUCACACUACACACGAAAGGACUCAAACCGUCAAUAUCUUAGCUCAAACCUGUCAGUACAAAAGAUGCACCAACUUUAUGAAAAAGAAUAUCAAAGGAAAGGCAAAAAACCAUGUAAAAUAAAUGUAUAUCGUGAUACUUUCUGUAACGAGUUUAACCUGGCAUUUCAUAAACCAAAAAAGGACCAGUGUUCAACAUGUACUAUCUAUUAUGAGAAGAAACAAAGAGGUGAAAUUACAAAGGAAGACGAAGAACAAUUUCAAGAACACCAAACGAAGAAAGAGAAAUCAAGAGAGGAAAAAAGACUCGACAAGGAAAGAGCAAAGACAGAUAGAUCUUUCGCUGCAGUUACCUUCGACUUGGAGGCAGUGCUGCCAACACCCUGUAGCAUGGUUGGGGAUCUUUUUUAUAAAAGAUGUCUGUCAACAUACAACCUGUCAUUCUAUUCACUUGGGGAUAGUAAAGGCACAUGUUAUUUGUGGGACGAGACGAAUGGCGGAAGGGGUUCAAGUGACAUUGGAUCUUGCAUACUAAUGCACAUCAACUCAAUAGCGGAAAAAAAUACCGCUGUUGAAGAAAUUACAUACUUUUCAGAUACUUGUGGUGGUCAAAACAGGAACCAGUUUGUGGCCUCUGCAUUGCUGUAUGCCUUACAUUUUCAUUCAAACUUAAAAGCAAUUAAUCACAAGUUUUUUGAAAGGGGUCAUUCGGAAAUGGAAGCCGACUCCAUACACUCGUCAGUGAAGAGAGCAAAAAAAAGUACAAAGGUAUACCAUCCGUCACAGUGGGACACUGUCGUGUCAAUGGCGAGGAAGACAAAUCCUUAUAUAGUUAUUCCAGUAAACUAUAGAGAUUUUUAUGACCUAAAAGGCUUAAAAACCGACUUUAACAUCAAUUUGAAAAGAACAGUUUCGGGAGAAACAAUAAAUUGGCUGAAAGUCAAGUGGAUUCGAGUAACGAAAGAAAAUCCAGGAAGUGUAUUUUUUAACAACGGCUUUGAUCCUGAGAAUUUUAUGGAAGCUAAGUUCCAGUCAAGUAGUUUAAGAGGAAGAAAAAAGAAGACUGGAAAUAUUAAACUGUCACCUUUGUAUGAGUCUAAACUACAAAUUUCUGCUGCAAAGAAAGCAGAUCUCCUAUCAUUGUGCAAGAGCGGGGUUAUCCCAACUACAUAUCACUCGUACUAUGAAAGUCUUCUGGUUGGAAAAUUAGUGAAGGACACCUUGCCAGAGCCAGACAUUACAGAAGAAGAUUUAAUAGACAACAUUUAA